ACUCAAAAUGGGUAGUGAAGGGUCACCAAAGCUACCUAUUCUCAAUAUCUCUAGUGAAAAUCUGAAACCAGGGACAACUUCUUGGGUCUCUACUCGCAAGAAAGUGAUCCAAGCCCUUGAAGAAUUUGGCAUCUUCGUUGUGAACUGCGAUGAAAUAAUCCCAUCACAGCUCCAUGAUGACACUUUUGGCGUUUUGCAAGAACUCUUCGCUCUUCCCACGGAGACUAAAAUGAAGAACCAGUAUGAGAUACCCUUGAACGGCUACGUAGGCCAGAUCUCCAAACUUCCUCUCCACGAGAGCUUGGGCAUUGACGACGCUACAUCUUUGCAGGCCACUGAGAAAUUCACGAACCUUAUGUGGCCUAAUGGCAAUGAUCUCUUUUGCAAUGUCAUUGAUUCGUAUGCGAAACUUGUGGCGGAGUUGGACCGGAUUAUUACGAGAAUGAUAUUCGAGAGCUACAAUUCGGAGAAAUAUUACGAUCCUUACAUCGGAUCAACGAAGUACCUCCUUCGGCUCUUAAAGAAUAGGGCACCUCUAGAGAAUGAGCGUAAUCUUGGAUUCAUCCCUCACACAGACAAGAGCUUCACCACCAUUCUUCAUCAAGACGGCGAAGUUAACGGCUUGGAGGUCGAAACAAAGGACGGAGAAUGGAUCACUGUUGAGCUGUCGCCUUCGAAAUUCGUCUUCAUGGCUGGAGAUGCAUUAAUGGCAUGGAGCAAUGACAGGAUACAAUCUCCAACCCACAAGGUGACCAUUAAUGGCAAGGAAGACAGAUACUCCCUCGCGCUGUUUUCAUUCAACAAUGGAACGCUACAAGUUCCCGAAGAGCUAGUUGAUGACGAUCACCCGUUAAAGUACAAGCCGUUCGAUCAUCUUGGUCUACUCCGAUUCUAUCGUACCGACCACGGUUUUAAAUCCAAGUGUCCAAUCAAAGCCUAUUGUGGCGUUUAG